AUGUUGGCCCGGGUGGCCCCCAAACUUCGGCUGAGACGACGAGCUGAACACGAAGACGAGGGUCAGGCCGCCCUCUCGAAAUAUUCUACAUCUGGUCUACCUAGAAGGGACGUGCAACCUCUUAGAAACCUGACUAUCAACAAAGAUGUCUUCUUUACCACUGCAGAAAAGGAAGAACGAGAAGGAAUUCUCAACACUAGCGAUACAAUUAUAAAAUAUACAGCAUCCCAAGUCAACAAGUCUAUAUGGCUUAAGACUCAUAAGACUUACAUUCAUCACCAGCCUCUCACCUCAGACAGGCAACGCCCUUCACCGAAUGGAAGGUCUCGUUGGCGCUAUCGACAUGUUCUUCGACACGCUGUCGACACCGACCUCCCUGUGUUCCAGGAUGAGUCCCAAAAAUCUGGUAGACCGAUAAGUGAAUUCAAAACCUUCACAGCAGAGCCUACUCUCAAGUUUACUUUUGAGAUCAAGUGUUGCCUGAGUAAGGGUUAUGUUGGUCAGACUGAGAUGGGGACAGAUAGCAUGAUCCAGGUGACCUGCCAGCAGGGGUCGCGGGAGCCGGAGGUGGCCAUCCGGCUGACAUCGACCAGCUGCCGUGUGCAUAACGAGGUUCGCUAUAGCUUCACAGCAAACACCUACCAGCGAGUGUGGGCAGACGACCUGGUACUCGACCUGCUCACGCUGCCCUCCAGAACCAUCCACAGAGACCUGUACGAGCAGUACUUCCAGUCCAGCAAACCAUCGCCACAAGCACUUCAGCAUGGCCAUCCGGAGGGAAAAUGCUUGCUGUUUACUUGGCUCACAACCAGCUUCAGAGGCGCUGGAGUAGAAAAGGACAGAAGUGACAUUGAAUUACAGGCCUGUGUCACUAAUAUGAAUGAUGAGUGUGCGGAGGAGGCUGCGCGGUUGCUGGAGGAGGUGUAUGUUGAGAUGGUGGGUAAGGAGGAGCUGGCUCGUCUUGAUUCCCAACCCAACCCCUUCAGCUUCAGUGAGCGUGUCUCCCAGACUAUCAGGUUCAACUCCAGAAACCUGGAGAUGCAGACAGAGCCUCCGCCCAGCACAGCCUUCACAAUGAACGUGGGUCCUGCUCUCAUUUACGACUCCUACCAGAAGAACUACCUCAAGAUCCUGGAGCGGGAAAGAGAAAGAGAAAGAGAGAAGGAACGAGAGAGAGAAAUGGAGAGGGAGAGAGAAAGAGAGAGAGCAAAUGGCAAAGGAAAAAAGGUGCUUGCUUGGGACCCACUAAUUGUGGCGGCGGAGCCGUGCAAAGUGACGGGAGAGGGGUGGCGUGCCUUGGCGUCGGGGCUCGUUCUCGCGGCCAAAGUUGUGGAGAGGAUGGUCAACCAAAACAUCUACGACGACGUCUCUCAAGACUUUCGUUACUGGGAGGACGGCAGCGACGAGUACCGACCGCUUGAAGGGUCUUUACUGCCGCUAUGGAAGUUCCACCAUGAUAAAUCUCGCGGUCUCGUGGUCUCGCACGUCCGCUGGAGUCCCGUCUACUCUGACCUCUUCGCCGCCGCAUACACAUCUGGAGACUUAGGCGGCGAUGAUGGGACCGGGAUGCUCUGUGUAUACACUCUCAAGAACCCCUCCACGCCAGAGAGAGUCUUCCGCGCUCCAUGCGGUGUCACCUGCGUCUGCUUUCAUCCCCAGCACGGGAGUGUGGUAGCAGCUGGCUGGAGUGACGGAACAGUGGUCAUGUACGACAUUCGCUCAUCCACGUCUCCCGUAGCUAUCUCCUCCUCAGCCACGGCUGGGAAGCAUCUUCUCCCAGUCAUUCAGGUAGAGUGGGUGAGAACGCAGCCUGGCGAGGAGUUGUGCAUGUACUCAGUAGCACUGGACGGGCGGCUGACAGAAUGGCAAGUGAGAGCUUCAAGUCUGGUACACAGCGACGUCCUUCACUUCAUGGCCUACGAGAACUCCUCCAAGCCCUCCAUCAGAGAAAAGAUGCUACUAGAAGGAAUAAGUACCUGUGUAGCCUUCAGGCCGGACAACGAGGAAGUAGUGUUGGUGGGUGUUGACUCCGGGGCAGUGUUCCAGUGCUCCACUCACUCCACCGUACACGCCCUCACCCGCUACCCCGCCCACACUGCCGCUGUCAGGGCUCUGGUAUGGAACAUUCACCACCACAAAGUCUUCAUCUCCUGCUCAGUGGACUGGACUGUCAAAGUCUGGUUCCAGUAUCAUUUAUCUCCGCUGGUGGUGCUAGACCUGGGUGGGGCGGUGGCUGAGGUGACCUGGUCACCAUAUAGCAGCAGCGUCUUCGUGGCCGUUACGGACGAAGGUCGUGUGCACGUCUACGACCUCUUCCUGCGCAAGUGUCGCCCACUGUGUGUGCAGAGUCUUGUGCAGCGACGGCGUGUUUCAGCAACUUGCGUGGCCUUCAACCCCUUCUAUCCCAUCAUCCUUGUGGGGGGAGAGAAGUGA